AGGGAUCCGAGGGCCCCGGCAGCUAUGGGUGACAAGAAGUACCGUGGUCCGGAGGAGAGGAUUCAGUCCCUCCUGCAUCGUAUUUUUCAGACCACCAAUCCCAAGGAGGGCCUGUCGAGGAUCAGGGCGGCUGAGCAGUUGUCAGAAGUCGUUCGCCAACUGGCGACGCUCUUGUAG